AUGGAUUUAAUCCAACAAUCCUUAGACCGACUAGUGCACGUCCAGUCGCUACAUCACACAACUGGUGGUUCUACGUCGACCAACUCCAACAAUGGUGACACUCAUUUCCAUAAGGCGUUCCACGUUAAGGAAAUUUCUCUCGGUUUUCCGUAUUUUGAUGGCCAUUGCCCGGUGUUGGAGUGGAUUUUUAAAGCCGAAAAAUUUUUCGAUUAUCACCACACACCUGAUGCCGAUGGAGUGGAUAUUGCUGCAAUCCACUUUGAGAAGGAUGUCGUUCCUUGGUUUCAAAUGUUGCAACGUCUUUCGGCAAUAACGACGUGGGCAGAAUUAACAGCUGCGUUGGAGUCGCAGUUUGGGCACUCACCAUUUGAAUGUUCGAUGGCAGAGCUUUUCAAAUUACAACAAACAGGGUCAGUUUUUGAGUAUUACCUCAAAUUUAUGGCCCUUGCGAAUAGAUCAUCUGGGUUAUCAGCAGAUGCUUUGCUAAAUUGCUUUUUGAGUGGUCUUCAUACUGAAAUUCGUCGUGAUGUUAUCGCUCUAUCUCCAACCUCGUUGUUGAAGGCGGUUGGAUUGGCGAAAUUAUAUGAGGAAAGAUACUUGCCAACCUUGAAGAAUAGUCCGAUGCCUAUUCGAUGUUAUUCCCCUGUGGUGAUAGCUUCCAACAAUGUUUCACAGCCCAGCUCUAAAUCCAUUGUUAAGUCUUCCCUUCCACCAUUACUACCAACUCCUCAUACGCCACCAUUCAAGGAUUCCACUAUAAAAAAAAUAAGUGCAGCAGAGAUGCAAAUUCGUAGGGAGAAAGGAUGGUGUUACUUUUGUGAUGAAAAAUUCACGUUCAAUAAUAGAUGUUCGAACAGGCAGAUUUUGCAAUUAGAGGACCCUGUUAAUGAAGAAGGCCCUGCUUCUGUUGACACUGGUCAAUCCCUCAUUCUCGAGGACACCCAGGUUGAUAAUCAUCAUUUAUCUCUUAAUGCUCUAAAAGGAGGCACUGGUGUGGGCACUAUCAUAUUUUUAGCUUAUGUGGACAAGUUACCUAUUUCAGUGUUGAUUGAUGGUGGUAGUUCGGACAACUUUUUGCAGCCUCGUAUUGCAAAAUUUUUAAAACUUCCAGUUGAGCCCGCUCUUACAUUCAAGGUGAUGGUGGGCAAUGGUAAUUAUAUGACUGCUGAUGGCUUGAUUCAGAACUUAACUAUUCAGGCUCAGGGCAACACAUUUCAGUUUCCAGUCUAUAUUCUUCCUAUUUCAGGGGCUGAUCUUAUAUUGGGUGCUAGUGAGGUAGAGCAUAUUCCAAUGUCGGCUCAUUUACAUCAUAUUCGUAGAAUGGUUAUGACUCAUUCUAUAGCUGAGGUGUAUACAAUGGAGAUGGUAGAUCCCUCUCCCACUUUUCCGGUUUUUCCCGAGUUACCUAUGGAUAUGAAACCUGAAUUGGCUUUGCUUUUGAGUAAUUAUGUUGAUAUUUUUGCUACACCGACAUCUUUACCUCCGUCGCGGGCACAUGAUCAUUCUAUUCCCUUAUUGGAGGGUGCUGGACCUGUCAAAGUGAAAUUGUAUCGUUAUCCUCACAGUAAAAAAGAAGAAAUAGAAAAGUUAAUAGCUGAUAUGUUAAGGGCUAGAAUUAUUCAACCGAGUAAGAGUCCUUUUUCCUCUCCCAUCAUCUUGGUUAAGAAGAAGGAUGGUUCUUGGCGUGUAUGUACCGACUAUCGUGCUCUUAAUGCUAUUACUAUCAAAGAUAGUUUUCCUAUUCCCACGAUGGAUGAAUUAAUUGAUAAAUUAUUUGGAGAUUCCUUCUUUUCAAAGCUGGAUUUACGUUCUGGUUACCAUCAAGUUUUAUUAAACCCUGAAGACAGACACAAGACUGCAUUUCGUACACAUCAUGGACAUUUAUAA